CCACAGCAGUACAUCUAAACACCGAAGAGCUUCCUCAUCUACAUCUACAUAAAGAAGUACCUUCAGAUCCUGAAGAAGAGCCAUCAUGGUCCGCGUGACUGAGAUGUCAUUGCUUUUCGUUCUCUUCACGGCUUCAUCAGCUUUGGGUGUGGCGAUUAAACCUGUAUCAGAGGCUGAUUUCAAUGCAUUAGUUCAAGAACAAAUCAAUGAGCCACAAAAGAGAGUGGCUGCUGUGCAAGCAUGUGAGCCCAGCUGUCCAUUAGGCUGGGUGAAGUUUGAUCGACGCUGCUUCAGCUACGUUUCCCAGACUCUGGACUGGGCCUCUGCUGAGGCUUAUUGUCUGAAUCAGGGGGCUAACCUGGCCUCAAUACACAGUGAAAAUGAAUAUCAGACUGUGAAGGCUCUCAUUCGGGCUUAUGACCCCAAACAGAAUCCUACAUGGCUCGGCCUCAACAACUGUCAGAAGAGGCGUAGCUGGUUCUGGUCUGAUGGGACCAAAUUUGGGUACACCAAGUGGAAUAAAGGGGAGCCCAAUAAUCUGAAUGAAGAGUGCUGUGUGCACAUGAACUGGGCUGCUCAGAGGGACUGGAAUGACAUUCCAUGUAAUUUGGCAUAUCCCUUUGUCUGUGUCAAGAGGCUGGGAUGAAAUGCUGAACGUCAAUAAACCUGUUGUUAAAAUGCCCGUCACCAUUGAUCUGCACUUUGUAAACUACUAGACAAUGUCAUUCGUAUGAUUAUAAUGUAUAUUAAGACUAUUUGUAUUUAGACUAUGUUUAUUACAGCACAGCUGAGCAAAUUUUUUAUUUUUUGCAAUGUUAAAAGCAGAUGUGCAGAGCUACAUCAGAGAUACUAUUCAAAAUAAAGUGUUUUAAGUACAAA